UCUGUUUCUUGAGAGCCAAAAACCCCCCUCUCCCCUUCGCUUUCUUCUUCCCCUUCCCCUCUGUAAACCCAACAAAAUAAAAGAGAAAAAAAAAAGAAACCCCAUUUUGUAUUAUUCAAUUCUAGAUCUUAGGAAAAAAAAAAUACCAAUCAAAACCAAGUAUUUCUGUACAAUACAUUGGAGGUUUCUGUGUAAAUCACGAGGUGGAGCUGUUUUUUUUUUUUUUUUUUUUUUUUGUGUUUCAUUUUAAGGGGAAGAAUCUGAAAGGAAUUGGUUGUUGGGUUUUUUUUUUUCUUAGAUCGCCAUUUUGACCUGCAUUGUUCAGAUCUCUCUGAAUUCGGGUUUCAUUUUUUCUUCUUCUGGGUUUGUCUGUAGUUGGUUUGUUUUUGGAUCUGUUGGCUGAUGUUUCGAAGUCUUGGCCUCGUUUUUUCAAUUGGGUUUUCGCGAGAGAUGAUGAAUAUGUGAGAUGGUGAUGAUGAUCUGAUUGAUUUUGUUUGUGAUUUUUGGCUCGCAUUGGGAUUUGUUUGUUGACAUUGAUUAAUUGGAUUCUGAGAAUUUUGGGAGGUGGGAGCUUAAGAUCUUGAAGAAUUUUUGAAGAUUUUAGCUUACUUGUAAUGUGCCUUAAUAUCUGAGAGGACAAGAAUCGUGUGUUUUGUUUAUUGGAAGUUUGAAUUUGAAGAUGGAUACAUUAUCUUCAAUCAGCGAGGAACUUGCAGAUAUCGAGGGACAAAUCAAUGAUAUCUUCCGAGCUUUGUCAAAUGGAUUUCAGAAGCUGGAGAAAAUUAAGGAUUCAAAUAGGCGGAGUAGACAAUUGGAAGAGUUGACAGAUAAGAUGCGAGAAUGUAAGAGGCUUAUUAAAGAUUUUGACAGAGAAGUCAAAGAUUUAGAAGGAGGGAACAACGCUAACACUAACAAAAUGCUGAGUGAGAAAAAGCAGUCUAUGAUCAAAGAGUUGAACUCAUAUGUUGCCCUUAAAAAGCAACAUGCAAGCACUCUUGACAACAAGCGAAUCGAUCUCUUUGAUGGACCUGGUGAAAGUUAUGGGGAAGAAAAUGUGUUGCUAGCUUCAAAUAUGACAAAUCAACAAUUGAUUGAUAAUGGAAACAGGAUGAUGGAUGAAACUGAUGAAGCAAUUGAGAGGUCUAAAAAGGUAGUUCAAGAAACGGUGAAUGUAGGAACGGAGACAGCUGCAGCUCUGAAGGCGCAGACCGAUCAAAUGAGCAGGAUCGUGAACGAGCUUGACUCCAUACAUUUCUCAUUGAAGAAAGCAUCCAAACUGGUGAAGGAAUUAGGAAGACAAGUUGCAACUGAUAAGUGUAUAAUGGCCCUUCUCUUCAUCAUUGUUAUUGGUGUCAUUGCCAUUAUCAUUGUCAAGUUGGUGAAUCCAAAUAACAAGGACAUUCGGGACAUUCCGGGGCUGGCACCACCUGUUCAGAGUCGAAAACUGCUAUGGAAUUCUGCCUUUUGUAGCUUUGUGAGAUAAUAAGCUCUGAUGGGCUGAAUGAAGGAAGGAAAGGAAAGGGGCUUUGCUGACUUCAUUCAAACAUAUAAUAUUGGCAAAAGGAGGGGGACAGCUUAGCCAGGUUCUUUCAUAUACCUAUAUCCAAGUUCAAGAUUGUUACCCUAUUACUUUAAAGCUACAAAUUAUAUUCAUUCUCAUUGUGUCCUGUCCUGUCUUCGAGAUUUUAUUGAUAUAUAUAUCUAUGGUUCUGUCUUGUAUAAUGUAACAUUACAAUUACUCAUAUUCUAUUGUUUUGCAUUUAUGUUUAGGGAGUCAUUGUUAUUUACAGGUUAAAAUAUGGUAUCGGUCACUGUACUCAAAGUUUGUAUGUGUACUUUUAAAGUUAAUUUUUAUUGAAAUUGGUUAAAUAAUGAUCGUGUAAUCUCAUCAA